AUGCAAGAGAAGGAUCAAUCAUGUGUCUUUCAUCAAAAGUAUUUGGAAGGAUCCAGUUGGACUGCCAUGGAAUUUGAGGAUUUUCUGUGGCUGGGUACUUGGGAUCAGCAAGAAACCAUUGAGGAAUACAUGCCGUACCUCGCCAUUCCCUUUACAUUUGGCUGCCAAACGUCGGUGACAGGGCACUUUGCAAAGCAAUACGCCAAUGGGAUUCUAGGCAUGGCACGGUCUCUUGACGAAAACGCCUUUCUCAACGCAAUGGUAAAAUCCAAUGCCAUUGAACGUGCCGCCUUUGCUACUUGCCUGACGAGAAUGGGAGGGACACUCUCUCUGGGGGGAAGUGGCCUGGCCCGCAACGACGGUGGCGCACGACAGUAUCACUUGGAGCCCAUGACAUUCACCAACAUUAUUCAGGAUCACGGUUUGUAUUCCCUCAAAGUGAACAAAGUCUUGGUUGGCGACUUUUGUAUCACGUGUGCUGAAGAUGCCACAAAUGACAAGGAAAGGAUCGCUCGACGAGCCACAUUGUUGGCCUUCCGAGCUGGCAAGGGCGUAUUGUUGGAUAGUGGCACUACCGAUACCUUUCUACCAAAGCAAGCCCACAGAGGACUGGGCAAGGCAUGGAGAGCUGCUACUGGCUUGAGCAUGCAAGAAACUCGAGUAUACACGUAUGGGCAGUUUCGGAGCAUGCCUGAUAUUAGAAUGGUAUUUCACCCAAACACGACAAUCGUCAUCCCACCGUCUUCCUACAUGGAUGGUGUGCCACGGGAUCUCAAUGCCACCACGCUAGAAGAGGAAGUCAAACGAUGGGCGGGAUCUCGCAAGCUAACCAUGCGAGUCUAUUGCGAAGAGCCCAAAGGAGCAGUCCUGGGUGCCAAUGCGAUGUACCAUUACGAUGUGCUCUAUGACUUGCAGGACAAACGAAUAGGAUUGGCUCGGUCCUUUUGUGGUAAUCAAUAA